AUGUCGAGUCAUCGCAAAUAUUUUGAGAACUUGGCGGGAGCCGGAAAAUCCAUCGCCGUGCUGACGAGCGGAGGAGAUGCUCAGGGUAUGAAUGCAGCUGUCAGGGCGGUAGUUCGCAUGGGCAUCUAUGUUGGCGCUAAAGUCUACUUCAUCCACGAGGGUUACCAAGGGAUGGUGGAUGGAGGCGACAACAUCAAGGAGGCCAACUGGGAGAGCGUCUCCAGCAUGCUACAAGUGGGCGGCACGGUGAUUGGUUCUGCGCGCUGCUCUGAUUUCCGCCAGCGUGAAGGUCGUCUGAGGGCGGCGCUGCACCUGCUGAGUCGCGGCAUCACCAACCUGUGUGUGAUUGGUGGAGACGGCAGUCUGACCGGGGCCAACAUGUUCCGAGAGGAGUGGGCGGGACUACUGAAGGAGCUCGUCCAGUCAGGUCAUCUGGACCAAGCGACUGCUGAUCGUUAUUCUGACCUCCACAUCGUUGGCAUGGUCGGCUCGAUCGAUAACGACUUCUGUGGUACCGAUAUGACGAUCGGAACGGACUCCGCUCUGCACCGCAUCCUGGAAGUAGUGGACUCCAUCACCACGACCGCAACCAGUCACCAGAGAACUUUUGUUCUGGAGGUAAUGGGACGACACUGCGGAUAUUUAGCGCUGGUUAGUGCGCUAGCCUGCGGAGCCGACUGGGUGUUCAUUCCCGAAAUGCCGCCCAAGGACAACUGGGAGGAGAAGAUGUGCAGCAAGCUGUCAGAGAACCGGGCGGGGAAAAAGCGGCUGAACAUCAUCAUUGUAGCAGAAGGCGCCAUCGACAGAUCCAACAAGCCCAUCUCUGCCGAAUACGUCAAGAACCUGGUUGUGAAGCGCCUGGGUUAUGACACCCGCGUGACGAUUCUGGGCCACGUUCAGCGCGGCGGGACACCAUCAGCCUUCGACCGAAUCCUGGCUAGCCGUAUGGGUGUGGAGGCGGUGCUAGCACUGCUAGAGGCUAAUGCGUCGACCCCAGCAUGCGUUGUGUCAUUGUGCGGCAACCAGGCAAUCCGUGUCCCCCUCAUGGAGUGCGUUCAGAUGACUCAGGAGGUCCAAAAGGCCAUGGACGAGAAACGUUUUGAUGACGCUGUGCGUCUCAGAGGCAGGAGUUUCGAGAAUAACCUAAACACCUACAAACUCCUCUCCUAUCGCAUGUCCGAUGAUGAAGUCACCCACGGACCCUUCACGGUGGCCAUCUUGAAUGUGGGCGCUCCGGCUGCCGGGAUGAACGCAGCGGUCAGAUCAGCCGUCCGGAUGGGCAUCAGUGAAGGACACCGCGUGCUAGCCGUUAGCGACGGGUUUGAUGGCUUCGCUAAGGGCCAGAUUAAGGACAUCAAGUGGAACGAUGUUGGAGGCUGGACAGGACAAGGAGGCUCACUUCUGGGCACCAAGAGGACUUUGCCGGCUCGUAACAUUGAGAAGAUUGCAGAGCAGAUGAGAGUCCACGGCAUCCACGCACUGCUGAUCAUUGGAGGAUUUGAGGCGUUUGAGGCCGUGCUGCAGCUUGUGGACUCCAGGUGGCGCUACAGGGAGUUCUGCGUUCCGCUCCUCAUGCUGCCGGCCACCAUAAGCAACAAUGUACCGGGAACCGACUUCAGCCUGGGAGCCGACACCUCACUCAACGCCAUUGUGGAGACGUGCGACCGCAUCAAGCAGUCCGCUAGUGGGACCAAGCGUCGUGUCUUCAUCAUAGAGACCAUGGGCGGCUACUGCGGCUACCUCGCUAGCAUCGGAGGGCUAGCUGCCGGCGCAGACGCCGCAUAUAUAUACGAGGAACCCUUCGACAUCCGCGAUUUACAGAUGAAUGUGGAGCACAUGAGGGAAAAGAUGAAGACCAGCAUUCAGAGGGGACUUGUCCUCAGGAACGAAAGCUGCAAUGAGAGCUACACCACCGACUUCAUCUACCAGCUGUACUCGGAGGAGGGGAAGGGAGUCUUUGACUGCCGUAAGAAUGUCCUGGGACACAUGCAACAGGGUGGUUGUCCGUCCCCGUUCGACCGAAACUUCGGCACCAAGAUCGGAGCCAAGGCCAUGCAGUGGAUCUCCAAACGCCUGCAGGACUUCUACCACGAAGGGCGUGUGUAUGCUAACACUGAGGACUCGGCAUGUCUGUUGGGAAUGAGACGGAGGGCCAUGACAUUCCAACCCGUCACACAGCUGAAGGACGAGACCGACUUUGUGCACCGUAUACCGCGUGACCAGUGGUGGCUGAAGCUCCGCCCCCUGAUGAAGAUUUUGGCCAAGUACAAGGCCGUCAAGUUCGACGUCUCUGAUUCGCCGGGACAACUGGAACACGUCAACUUACAGCGGCCACGCCAGAGGGAUAUUGAAAUAGCCAUUACCAUCUAG